AUGGACGGUACUAAAGUCGACUAUAUGAUCUCCACUGGCAGAGUCUGGAUCGGCGUGGAUAGAUAUGAGCAUGAACUUGUUCGCAUCGCUCACCGAUACAUCGCACGCGAUCCGACCACGAAAGACUGGGGCAAGCAUGCUCGAUUGCCUUUCAUUACGUCCGGUGCUUACUACAAGGGGCUUCGUCACCUACUGGACAAUUACCCCAAGAUGCCUCGGAUCACCAAGAUCAUCCGGUUCAACUGUGGCAGCGUGUCUCCCCGGAUGAGAGGUCUGCCAUACAGCAGCACCUACUCCCGCUACCAUCAUGCGUUCCUCAUCGCGCCAAAGGAGUACCUUGACGCGCGCAACUUUGAGAUCACCGGGCAGCAAGUUCGUGUGCGAUUCGGUGUUCAGAAUCUGCAGAGUCCUGAGAGAUACCUCGUCGUUGAUGAGGAAACGGUAGUUUUCUCGUCACACCCCGAUAGUCCUGUAAGGCAGAUUGUGGUGGACUUGGCGAUGCCGGCAAUGAAGCUCUGGGAGAAUGAGAAAGACGAGACCAAGGUUUAG